AUGUCUGACAGGCCUCCAGAGCUUCGAUUCGGCUCAUCUACGUUGCCCGCAACCUGGAAAACUUCUACUUCGAAGAGGCCGUCUGUUGGAACGCUCAUUGGACAUUUUGAGACGAAAGACCACUUCGGCAAAGCACCCACAACUCCGCUUGAACGCGCGGUUACGAGUCCAUCGCUGCUCUUACGUGAACGAUAUCAGACCGCGCUCAAAUCACAAAAGCACACUUCUCCUGUUUAUCGCCCUGAAAAAUCCGUUCGUGGACGAGGACUUCGGGAAGAAGAGAUCCACUUCAUCGAGCAAGCGAUUAGGAGAAGGCUCUCUGAUAGCUCGCUAGGUCCAAGCACACCCCAGAUAUUACCGGACUUCUGCCCACCUGCGGACCGGCCACAGAUCAAAGUGAAAGCAUCAGCCCAGUCCAUAUCAAUCAUUAUACCAGAGGGCAUCAAGCUUCCGAUUGUUGCCACCAUCGAAUCUGCGGGAGAGUUUGAUUUCGAAACUCAGAUGUCGACCUCGAAUGUUGGAGAAAAAGGUGAGCCAAGUAGGACCACAGGUGAUGACCCAAGUGCGCGAGGGAUGAGCCGUCGGCAGAAAACAUCGUCAGAACAGACAACGACUGGUGCCAUCCAAGCAAGUGAGAACCAGGAGAUAAGAGCAGGAUUGGCACUGCCCUUUCUCGCAAGAGUCAGCAAAGGCCGACUGAAUGUCUCUGAGGCGUCAGUCUCUGCACCCCAAAGCGCCGACGUAUCGGCUGCAGGACAAGUCUUCAUUCCUCCUCACGAACGAUCCCCCGAAGAGGUUUCCUACCCACUACAUGACCAUUCCAAAGAAGCUGAAGUAGAGGAAACAGGUUCUCCAGACGCCCCCACGCCGGUUAAAGAGCCCAGAGAAGGUUCAGACUCGGAAGACAGAACGGAGCCGGAAAUCGACCCCCUGGAGCCUGUGGUGACGGCUCCUCUCCAAGUUGAGAGUGCCCCUGCACCUGAAGAAGCAGACCCCAGCUCCGUAGAACCUACUUCAACCUCCUCGACCAAAUCAGCGAACGCGGUCGAUCCGGUCGCAGACUCUGCCCCUCAGGUAGAAGACCCCCAGGCCUUCUCUAUCCCGGAAAUCAGAAUACACAGACCCAGCGGCACGAUCAUGUCUGAGAUUGUGGGAAUUUCAGGCGUGAAUGACGCGAGUAUGGCGCCCAUACCUGAACAGACAGCAACGGAACAAAGUCCGACUGGUACGCCGCUCAAUGCUGUUUCCAAUCCAGCUGGGGCUGUGUCGGCGCCUACCACUCUCCCCACGGAUCCGACAGCUGUCACGAAUGUGGCGCCCAUCAAUACAGUGGUCUCAGCUGUUCCAAUUCCCGUACCUGGCUUACCACUGGCAGGCAAGGUUCCCAGAAGGAAAAGAGUAAUGCGGAAAGCCCGUCGAGUCAUUGUUAGAAAGCGCCUGCUCGCUCUCAUUUUAGGCCGGGACUUGGCCAACGUGGUCCAUCCUCAGCUCAACACAGACGGGGAAAGUGUGCCUAACGUCCCCUUGCCUCUAGAUGGACCGAGUGACUUGAUGAGCGGCUACGAGAGACGGGAGGAGCACAGAAAAGUUGUCCGACAGAGACACCUCGAGCAGAAGAUCGCAAGCGCCAGAAUACAUACGGAGGCGGAGGAGAUUCAGAGCUCCGACGGGACAGGCCUGACAUGGGGGUGCUUGAAAGGCAUGCAAGGAGCAGAGCUCGGGUGGCAAGGUCCAAAUGUCAAUGUAAAAGACGGGCAUCUGGAGCUGGAGACGAGGGAGGGAGGGGAUAUACUCUACCGGCAGUUGCACAGCAUCUACGAGGUCCUGGCGCUGACGAGGCUCCUUUGGCUGUAA